CGAAGAUCGUAUUCAACUCCUCAACCUUUAGCCCUUAGCAAGUCGUCCAUGCCUCGCAUCCUCUCCUCGACACGUUCGCUAUGCGGGCCUUGUCCCGUAUCAUCAUCGCCGGGCUGAUACUAGCGACACUGCUAUGGCUUAGAGGUCAAUUCUUCAAGCUCCACCAAUCUAUUCUCGCACUCGACAGGCUAUCACAAGACGGUGGUCUUCUCUCUAACCAUGUACAUUCGAACAGUACCAAUGCGUCGAGUACCGCGGUAGAAGACCCUUUCAGAGCCGUCAUGCAUGCCAUCUCCAACACACUUCUCAAUGGCACCAUCGAAAAUCUUGCGACUCCAAAAUCUGGCCUUAGAGACACGAGAACCAAGGUCGUCGUCGUUGCCAAGACGGCCAAAGAGCAUACUCAGUGGGUUGCGCGUAUGCUGCCCAACUGGAAACAUGCCAUCUAUGUCACCGACGACCGCAAAGCACCCCUGCACACAGCACGCAACAAGGGACGAGAAGCGAACGCCUAUCUCACCUACAUCAUUGAGAACUAUGACAAUCUACCCGAGACCAUCGCCUUCAUCCAUAGUCAUCUGAGUUCCUGGCACAACGAUCAGAACGCUGCAAAAGCGUUACAAUUGCUGAACAUCGACUUCGUUCAGAAGAACGGUUACGCAAACUUCAGAUGCCACACUACACCAGGCUGCAAUCCGGCAGAGAUCCAGCCAUUCCGCAAUAAGAAAGAGCAAGCUCGGAUAGACAAGCACGAAGCAGCGACCGAGAAUGCCUUUGCUCAGGCAUGGACCGACCUGUUCAACUCCACAGUCGUCCCUGAACAGAUUGGUGUGGCCUGUUGUGCUCAAUUCGCAGUCUCUCGAGAUCAAGUCCUGAAAAGACCCCUGUCUCAUUACAUCUGGUUCCACAGCUGGCUGAUGGAUACAUCCUUGAGCGAUGCGACCGCAGGCAGAGUCAUGGAGUAUCUCUGGCACAUCAUAUUCGGCCAGGAUCCUGUCUAUUGUCCAAAGGUAUGGCAGUGUUUCAGAAACGUCUAUGACCAAUGGGACGUCUUUUCAUAGCCCUUCCGGUGGUAUGCGAGAUUCCUGCUGUUGGCUUUGGUGAGUCCUCUCGCACUAGAUAGUUACGCAAUUUCUGGAUUCCAUCCCAAUCCACAAUUUUCUUUGAAUCGAGUAUGCCUAGGGAGAGUCCUGAGAUUGAGACCACCCACAGGUCUUUCGGAGCUGGCUUGACCCCCUCACUAGGUUUCCUGAUGUCGUGCCUCUUGCCGGGUAUGAGACAGAAGGAUUGUCCCAACAAACACUCCUUCGCACUAUAUAGAUUACGGCACAGUCUGGCCACCAUUUGACCGGCG